AUGGUGAAGGAUGGAGGACUUGAUGCUUGUGAAUGGUGUGCAGCCACAAACUGGCGUAUCGAGUCCAAGGGGGACCACGCCUGUUUUAGAUGCAAGAACAAGGAUUGUCGGGCAUCUAAGUCGGGUUUGAGCGAAGACCAGGACAUCUUCGGCAAAAAGAUCGCCCUUCGUUCCUUGGUUGGUGCUCUCUGGCUGUUUCUUGCACCCAUUCAGAUGAGUCCAGAUCAGACUGGAUUGAUCUUGGGUUUGGAUCAUCGGACAGUGCGGGGUCUCUUCAACAACUUCCGCUCUUGGUUGAGUCCAAUAGUUGACCGGCUGAACGAGGACUUGGUGAUUGGUGCGUUGGGUGCAGAUGUGGAGCUCGAUGAGAUUAGCUUCAGAUCGAAGGCGCUUGACGACAAGAUCCUGUGGAAUCGUUAUGCCGCAGCCGUCAAGCGUGGAAGUGCUAAAGCCUUCAUAGAGAAGUUGCCGAACCGCUUGACUGCUGCUGGGCAGGGGGGAGGGGGACCUCUGUCCAUUGAUGAGCUUAAGAAGCUUGUAGUCACAUCCAAGGGAAGCAGUCGCUUGGCACAAGGUUCUGUGUGCCAUACGGAUUCCGCUAAAGCUUACAAGAAGUUGGCCUCUGACGAACCGUUGCCAGCUUUGUACAGCGGUGCCUUGGCAGGGCCUUCGUUUUCUGAGUUGAAGCUAGCCCACAGCAACGUCAAGCAUAAGCCGCCUCACCCAGAGUUUGCCCGAACGUUCCGAAUGAAAGUUUGGACAGGGCGCGCUUGGACCGAAGAAAUUAGGGCAGGUGGCACUCAGAAGCUUGAUGGCUUCUUCGCAUCGUUUAGAAGAGAGGUGGGCAAGCGGUCUUUCAACACAACAGGACCCACCCCUGAAACAGCGCAAACUUUCGAACAGCAGCUUCACGAAAGGAUGCGGGUGUUUCAGUUUUUGUUUUGGUUUUCCUAUGCAGACUGUUUCCAAGUUUUCGCAGCACUUCGCCAGGCUGAGCGAACAGCUGUCGGAAGUGCUUCUUGGGAAACCCUAAAGCCAUUUUUGGGUGAUGGAAAGCCGCCAACUGCCGAAAACCAGCAACUUGUUGAAGGGCAAGUUGCAGGGGCAGCAGCUCCAAAUGUCCAAGACAUUCCGGCUGGUGGCGCUGAUGUGCCCCCCGAUGAUGAGAAUCCUUUUGCCGAUCUCGAGAGUGAGCCCGAAGUUUGCGAAGUUUCGGAUGCCGACCCGUAUGAAGGCAUUCCAAUUCGGUUGCUCAGCUGA